AAGAAAAAUAAAGAAAGAAAGAGUAGUUAUGCCGUUUUUGUGGAUAUGGAUAUUUGUUACCACUGCCUUUUUAGUUUCAUCAAAGCUUACUUACCAUGGAGACAAAGUAUUUCGGGUUAAAGUGCAAAGUGAAGAGCAUAUUAAAUUAAUUCAAAUCAUGGACAAUAAAUUCAAGCUGGACUUUUGGAACCCCGAUUCAGUCAAAAAUAUAAAACCUCAGAUGACCGUAGAUUUUCAUGUUAAUGCCAAGCAUACAGACUCAAUCCAACGUCUCCUAGCAUGGAACACAGUAGACUAUGAAGUUUUAUUCCAUGACCUUCAGAAAGGUAUAGCAGCGUCGAUCAAUAAUCAGACUGUUCAGGAAUCGAGAAAGCACCAGUACACAGUUUAUAAUGAAUGGGAAAAGAUUGCUGAGUGGACUGGCAAAAUAGUUGCUAAAUAUCCUAAACUAGUGACUCGGCUUGAUAUCGGUUGUACCGGUGAAGGACGCCCUAUGUAUGUCCUAAAGAUUGGAAAACCAAGUGGAAAAUCAAAAGCGGUUUUCAUGGAUUGCGGAAUACAUGCUCGGGAAUGGAUCUCUCCUGCAUUCUGUCAGUGGUUUGUUAAAGAGUUAACUAAAGGAUAUUCAAAGGGCAAAGCCAUCCAAAAACUACUGAAUGAGCUCACCUUCUACAUACUUCCUGUGCUGAACGUUGAUGGAUAUGUAUAUUCAUGGAUGAAGAAUCGUAUGUGGCGUAAGAAUCGUUCCCCUGUACCAGAUUCUAAUUGUUUUGGCGCUGAUCUAAACAGGAACUUUAAUGUAUCGUGGUGCGAUAUAGGCUCAUCAGAUGAUCCCUGUUCUAACAUCUACUGUGGACCUUCUCCUGAGUCCGAGAAAGAAACCCAGAAUGUAGCAAAUUUUAUACGUGGUCAUUUAGAUUCCAUCAAAGCCUACAUAAGUAUCCACUCAUACUCCCAGUUGCUCUUGUAUCCUUUCGCCUAUACAUUUGACCUGGCUCCGAAUGCAAAAAAUUUGGAUUCAAUUUCCAAAGCUGCAGUUUCUAAAUUAAGUAAACUUUAUGGAACACAAUAUGCGUACGGGCAAACAGCAUCCACAUUAUAUCGUACAUCAGGCUCAUCUACUGACUGGGCAUACACACAGGGUGUCAAAUAUUCCUUCACUUUUGAGUUGCGGGAUGAAGGCAAAUAUGGGUUUCUUCUCCCUGAGGCUCAGAUUGAACCCACCUGCAAAGAAACAACACGGGCUGUUAAAUACAUGGCUAAAUACAUUCUUCAACAUUCAUGAUGAGCAUAUUCUAAACAUCUGUAUCACGUAUGUAAUAACAUGGGGACAAACCCUCAAUAAACAUUUCUAUCAGCAUUA